AUGGCGGAAUCUGUGCACCCAGCGCCGACGAUGCCCUCCGCGUCCUCGUCUUCCGCGCCGGGCCCGGUCCAGCAAUCCACCGCCGAAAACCUUCAGCAGACGCAAACCCUCCCCAUCCGCGAUUCAAAAGACGCAAAGGCAACGAAUUCAGUCACAGCUCCACCCAAGGGAAAAGAUUCCACUGCGUCCGGUCCUGCGGCAGGCGGCGACGGUGCGGGAGACAAGUCGCUCACGCCCGCUGAGCUGAAGAAAAAGGCCAAGGCCGAAAAGGCGGCCCGACGCGCGAAGGAGAGGAUCGAACGGGAAGGGCCAGCGCCUGCUGUGGGCGGAGCACCAGCUGCCGGCGCUGGCGGGAGCCAGGCUCGUCCCUCGGCUACACCUAAGAAGGACGGUGCCCCUGGAGGGUCGCAGAAGGGCCAGAGGGCUCCCCCGCCACGGAGGGGUUCUGGGGCGGUUGCGCACACUGGCCCGGCGGAGCAGCAGAAAAAGAAGAAAGAGGAUAAGAGCGUUGCGGUCUUUGGGCAUUUGUAUGGCCAGCAGCGAAGAACGACUAUCGCCGGAGCUGGCAAGGAGGUACACCCUGCAGUCCUGGCCCUCGGGCUCCAGAUGCGAGACUAUGUAGUGUGUGGGAGCAGUGCGCGGUGUGUGGCCACGCUGCUUGCUUUCAAACGGGUGGUUGAAUCCUAUACAACUCCUCUGGGUACCUCUCUGUCGCGCCAUUUGACGGCCCACCUCUCGCAUCAGAUCACCUAUCUCUCGACAUGCCGCCCGCUCUCGAUCAGCCAGGGCAACGCCAUUCGGGCGCUGAAGCUAACCAUUGCCUCCAUUGACCCGUCCACACCGGAGAUAAGUGCCAAGGCGACGCUGUGCGACUUUAUUGACAGCUUCAUCCGUGAGAAAAUUACCAUCGCCGACAAGGUUAUUGCCGACAGCGCAGCCCAAAAGAUCUCAGAUGGCGACGUGAUUGUGACCUUUGCAGGUAGCUCGAUCGUUAAGGAGACACUUCUGGAGGCACACAGGCAAGGCAAGCGGUUCCGGGUAUCGAUCAUCGACUCGCGGCCGUUGUUCGAAGGCAAGAAUAUGGCCCGUGCACUGGCCAAUGCCGGAUUGGACGUGCAGUACUCGCUCGUCCACGCCGUCAGCCACGCGAUCAAAGAUGCGACCAAGGUCUUCCUGGGCGCGCAUGCUAUGACCAGUAACGGCCGGCUGUAUUCUCGCGUCGGCACUGCGCUGGUCGCCAUGUCCGCUAAGGAGCGUGCCGGUGGCGUUGAGGUUCCUGUGAUCGUUUGCUGCGAGACGGUCAAGUUCACAGACCGCGUCGCUCUAGACAGCAUCGUCGUCAACGAGAUUGCCGACGCCGACGAGCUCGUCUCUCCUUCGCCCCCGCAACAGGUCACCGACCUCCCAGACCCGGCUGCUGCUGCCGCUACUGCCCAGUCCGACUCCAACAAGAAGGGCGCCAAUCGUGCGCCUCCCAAUCCAUCCUCUGAUACCCCUGCUGCCUCCUCCGACUCGCCUCUCACCAAGUGGAAGGACACUCCCAAUCUUCAGCUGCUGAAUAUCAUGUACGACGUCACUCCGGCAGAGUACGUCGACAUGGUCGUCACGGAGAUGGGCAGCUUGCCGCCCAGUGCUGUUCCUAUUGUGCACCGCAUGAGUACGAAUAUGUGA